GCAGCAGCAGCAGAGCCACAGAGCUGCCCCUGUGUGGAUAAACACCGCGCUACUUCACCCGCCGCUUCCCCUGCUCCCUGUCUCUCCUGUCGGGACCUGUCAGCGCUCCUCUCCACCGUGCAGCACAGCAGUAUUAUGCGAGCAGCGUCCGGUGUGUGGAAGCACCGUGUGAAGUGAGUUUCCUUGAAUCAUCUAUAUGGGCCAUCUUCUUUCGAAAAAUGGUUACCGCCUGAAGAAGAGGACGCGCAAGUUGCAUCACAGGAAGAAGAAGAAGAGGAACUGUUUCCUGCAGCUGCCUUGCAUGCUUUGCUUCAUCGUCCACAACAACAGCACCGGUCUUGACGACGACAGCGACCACUUGGAGGCCGGCGUCAACGGCAGCGGGUGCCGCCACAACAGCAUCACCGGAAUCAGUGUUCCUGGUGUCGGUGGAGUUGGCAUUGGAGCAGCGGCUGCUUCAAAGCUCGCUGAGCGAUACGCAACACUCGCAUCUCCUGAGGACUGCUCCAAGUUCCUGUUGUCACCACGGGAGUUGGCUAUCUGGGAGGGCCAGGGGAGAAGCCUAUUAUCAGCUGUUCCUGCAAAACUGAUUCCACCACCGGCGCUCUUCCGUACCGCUGGGGUGUCUGUGACCGUGCCCAUACCUGUACCUGUGCCUGGCUGCACCAGCGACUAUACUGAGAUGGUGUGUAAGAGGAAGUGCUCAGAGGUGCAGAGGUGCACCCCCUGUAAGCAGCCACGCUGCGCCUUCGCUGCCCCUGACGGAGGGCUGGAGAACGGAGGAGUGGGAGGAGGUGGGGGAGAGGCCGCCUCGAACUCUGAAACCGGCCACUGCCACCUUCCCAUCUGUCCACUUCCCUCCUCCUCCGCUUCUUCUUCCUCUGCCUCCUCCUCUUCCUCCUCACCCGCCGAUGGCUGCUGUGGGUUGGGUCUCCAUGCGGAUUUGCCUCACAGUUCAGACUCGUCCCCCUGCUGCCUGAAUCAUUAUGACGACUGCCAGGCGAGAAGUUCUGACGCUGCUGAUCACUUAAGUAUCAACCACCUGCCUUCCUCCAUCCUUCUUAAGGUGCUCUCCCACCUGACAGUGAAGGAGCGCUGUCUGUGUGCCUCUCUGGUGUGUAAGUACUGGAGGGACCUCUGCUUGGACUUCCAGUUCUGGAAGCAAAUUGACCUCAGUGGCCUACAACAAGUAAACGAUGAUCUCCUGGUGAAAAUAGCCUCUCGGAGGCAGAAUGUGACAGAGAUUAACAUCUCGGAUUGCAGAGGGGUUCAUGACCAUGGUGUGUCCUCCCUGGCGUCACACUGUCCGGGCCUGCAGAAGUAUACAGCAUACCGCUGCAAGCAGCUUGGUGACAUGUCCCUGUCAGCCUUGGCUACACACUGCCCUCUGCUGGUGAAGGUGCACGUGGGUAACCAGGAUAAACUAACGGAUGAAGCACUAAAAAAGCUGGGAGAGCACUGCAGUGAGCUGAAGGACAUCCACUUGGGUCAGUGCUACAGUAUCACAGAUGAAGGCAUGGUGGCCUUGGCUAGAGGAUGCCGUAAACUGCAGAGACUCUACUUGCAAGAGAACAAACUGGUCACUGAUCGGUCUGUGCGAGCCGUUGCGGAGCAUUGUCCUGAGCUACAGUUUGUUGGCUUCAUGGGAUGCCCAGUGACCUCUCAGGGAGUCAUCCAUCUUACUGCGCUACGAAACCUAAAUGUCCUGGACCUGCGGCACAUCUCAGAGCUCAACAAUGAGACUGUAAUGGAGGUGGUGAGGAAAUGUCGCAACCUCAGUUCCCUCAACCUCUGCCUCAACUGGAGCAUCAACGACAGGUGUGUGGAAAUCAUCGCCAAGGAGGGGAGAAGUCUGAAGGAGCUCUAUCUUGUGUCUUGUAAAAUCACAGACCACGCUCUGAUAGCCAUAGGCCAGUACAGCAGUACUAUAGAGACUGUGGAUGCAGGCUGGUGUAAGGACAUCACAGACCAGGGAGCCACACAGAUCGCUCAGAGCAGCAAGUCCCUCCGCUACCUGGGCCUCAUGAGAUGUGACAAGGUGAACGAGGAGACGGUGGAGCGACUGGUCGUCCAGUACCCUCACAUUGUUUUCAGCACGGUGAUGCAGGACUGCAAGAGAACCCUGGAGAGAGCUUAUCAAAUGGGCUGGAGCCCCAACACAUCAAACACUUCGUAGCUACUGCUGGAUCACACACACACGCACACACAGACACACACAUACACACACGUACAUAAACACAUAACUACACAGAGGCCCCUUUUGUGUACAGACACAAAUACACAUUAUUUGCAGCUCAGUCAUGUUUGCUUCUCAUCCACUGUUCAAACAUGCAUGUGGACAUGUAGCUACACACUCACAGACAAAGGUCCAGUCCAUCAACUGUUUCAUUUGAACUAAAUCUCCCAUUUAAUAAUUUAAGUAA